AUGGAUGCUGGAGCCGUUGUGAUAUCCUGGCACCAGGCUUUCGAAGAGCAUCGCAUCCCCACAACACGAGCGAUCGAGAAGCAAUUACGCGCCAAUGCUUCGAGAGACAAGGAGAAGCUCAGAGGAUUAGUCGGCGGCUGCUAUCGUGAAUUUUUAGCGACAGCAGAGGCGAUCGUCGCCCUAGAAGAGAAAGCUCAGGUGGCCGAGCAGCAUAUCUCAUCGAUAAGUCACAAUUGUAGGCCACCAGAAUACGACUUGGCCCGCCGACAACUUCCCACAGAAAAAGUGACUUUGGCUCAAUUCCGACUAUUGCAGCGAUGUUACACGACCUCAGUGACAUGCCUUCAGAACCUAGACACUCUCAAAUGCUCAAAGUUGACUCUGUUGUCACGACUCCUGUUGAGAUCCCUCGACAACGAAAACUCCUUGUCUUCGAGCCUCGAGCACAUGAGAAGGAAAGUAGGCGCCCUUCGGCAGCGGCUUCUCCGCCAGGUCAAUGUCAUCCUGGUCAACCCUACUUCGACCAUUCCGGUACUCGUCGAUGCAGUGUGUUCUUAUUGUCUAGUGACCGAUGCCUCGUCAAGCAAGGCCUUGGAUCAUCUUCACGAUCGCCGACUCGACAAGCUACGACUUCAACUGGAUGGGACUUCCGAACGCUCGGCCAUAUGCGAAGCGCUUCGAUACCAGCUGGCGUCUCUACAGGCAUUCAAAACUUUGACUGGGCAUUCGGUAUCUGAAGCGAUGAACAUGCUACAGAGGAAAGCGAUACUAGCCGAUCCUGCUGUUAGAGAGCUUGAAUCUCUCGACCUCGAUCGAACUUGGCCUCUGUUACCUGAAGAAAUCCAGACAUUUGUGCCGUACUUUCAACGUACCUCGUCUACUUCUGAAGAGGCGCAUGCUAAAUUGGAGGCAUGGUCUAAGGAGUCCUCGGGAAUACUUGAAAAAGCGGUCAACGAGCAUCUUGCGCAAUUCACCGAUCCCGCAGAGGUGCUUGAACUGAGGCGAGAACUCUUCACUUUGUUGUUGCCAGUGUACUUCUCUACGCCGGCUGGCAAAGAUAUCGGCAAAUGCAUACGCAAGUCAUUGAAUGAUCAUAUGAGCGCCAUAUGUCAAGAUCAUGGCUCGCGACUGAACAAGAUUGCGGAAGAGCUGGUGAGCGCGUCACAGUCGAGCACCUUAGGCAGCUCACUUUGGUCACCCCAGACGGUGCAAACACAUUCCGACAGGGGAGGAUUGAAGAUGAUUAGGAGACUGAAAGCACGACAUUUGGGUCUUAACAAAUCUCUGUCGAAUGCUACCAAGGCGUUGGACGAUUGGAUCGCAGGUAUCCAUGUGGCCAAGGAUCAGAUCAAUGAGCUUUCCAAAACACGCUGGCGAGAUAUGAUAGAAGAGCCAGACGAGGACCAGGAGGAUGAAGCAACACUGGAAAUCCGGAUGCUUGGCAAAGACGAUCCUGACUAUUAUAACAAGAGUCUGCAGGAGUCUGCACAGAAUGCAGUGUCGGAGUACGAGAGCCGCCUUGCGGCAGCUGCAUCUGAGGCGGUUUCGCAACCUAAAGACCUCUCUCGUGUGGUUUAUGUUGUCCGCGCCAUCAGAAUAUCAGCCGCAGUAUUGUCCAGGACGUUUGAAGACGAGACACAGGAAUCAAAACUCGAUGAAAAGAUGCAUGAUCUUCACAAAGUCAUCGCUGAUGAAGUGGUUCGGCAGCUAAGCGAAGCAAGUCGCGACACCAACAGGAGAUCAAAACGGGAUAUAAAUCAACUUCCUGACGGCAUGCCUUCCCCCAAGGCUUUCAUGGCCUUGCGGCGAUUAUGCCGUGUCAUGGCCGACAUUGGCGGAACCGAUCUAUGGACAAUCCCUGCAGUUGCCUUGGUCAAGAAAGCUGUUGCAGCCGAGAUCUUUGACCCAGAAUGGAAAGGAAACUAUCUCGAGACCGAUUUCGACGAAACCUUUUUGAGAGCAGCGCUGCAAGAUGUCGCCGAUGUUACGAAGUCGAAGGCCACCGAGACUGAGAAGACAAAAUCGGCAAUUGAGUACUGGUCGAGGACGAAGCUGUUAUUUGGCGUACUUGCUUGA